AUGGAUUCUAACAUUCCUGAUUUAUUUUACAUCAGACUGGUCCCACCCCUGCUCUUAUCAAGGCUGAAGUCCCAUGAGAAGUUUGACCUUCUGAAGGGCCAAUUGAUAGAAGCAGGAAUUACUACAGCUGAUAUUUUGAAGGAUGUUAUUACUCUCAUAUUUGAGAAGGCUGUACUUGAGCCCAUAUUCUGUCAGAUGUAUGCUCAGCUAUGCUUUGAACUCAAUGAAAGCCUCCCAUCAUUUCCUUCUGAAGAGCCUGGUGGUAGAGACAUUACAUUCAAACGUGUACUGUUGAACAAUUGUCAAGAGGCAUUUGAAGGUGCUGGCAACCUACGGGCUGAGGAGCUGCUGGGUUCUGAUAGCAAUUCAUGCCCUUCUGAGGAAAAUGUCGAGGCCAUCUGUCAGUUUUUCAACACAAUUGGUAAACAGUUGGAUGAGAACCCAAAGUCUCGUCGAUUUAACGAUGUCUACUUCAACCGUCUAAAGGAGCUUACAACUAAUACUCAAUUGGCACCACGUUUGAGGUUCAUGGCACGCGAUGUCCUUGAACUCCGUUCAAACAACUGGGUGCCUCGACGUGAGGAGCCAAGAAAAUCAGUGAAAUUCAUAGAGGCAGAAAUGAAACUUGGAUUGCGACCUGGGUCGACCACAAACAUGAGGAAUGGACGAACUGGUACUGGAGGGCCACUCUCACCUGGAGUUUUCCCAAUGAAUGGACCUGGAACUGGUGGCAUGAUGCCUGGCAUGCCUGGAGCGAGAAAGAUGCCUGGAAUGCCUGGGUUAGAUGAUGAUAAUUGGGAAGUUCCACGUUCUAAAUCCAGAACUGACUCAUUCCGCAGCCACACACAGCUGGUGAAUAAACCAUCGUCUGUCAAUUCUAAACUACUUCCUCAAGGCAGUGCAGCACUAAUUAGUGGGAAGACAAGUGCACUUGUGGGCAGUGGUGGUCCAAUAUCCUGCCCUUCAAGUUAUUCUCCUGGACUUGCACCAGCUCCAUCUGUAGCUCCUGUAGUUGUGAAGCCAGCUGCUGCUCCCAAGUCAAACUCUGCUGGUCUAGAAAAGAAGACCAUCUCUCUUCUUGAGGAAUAUUUUCACGUCUGUAUUCUAGAUGAAGCACAUCAGUGCAUUGAGGAGCUCAAGAGUCCUCAUUACUACCCAGAAGUUGUUAAAGAGGCCAUCAAUCUUGCUCUUGACAAAGGUGCCAGUUCCAUCGAUCCUCUUGUUAGGCUACUGGAAUACCUUCACAGCAAGAAUACUUUCAAGACGGCAGACUUGGAAACUGGAUGCUUGCUUUAUGGGUCUCUUCUGGAUGAUCUUGCUAUCGACCUUCCGAAAGCUCCAGCACACUUUGGUGAAGUUAUUGGGCGGCUAAUCAUGUCACGUUGUCUGGGUAUUGGAGUUCUUGAGGAUACUCUAAAGAAAAUGGAGGAUACCUUCUUCCGCUCAGCGGUUUUCAAAGCUGCAGUGAAGACCAUUGGGGCAAAUCCAUCGGGUCAGGCAAUCUUGAGCUCACAUGUUACUGAAAUGGAUGCUUGCAACAAUCUUUUAUCCUUGAAAUAA